AUGAGACCGCACGAUUCUAAGCGCCCGCCGCCGUCCAAUCGCCGCCUCCAGGCUCGACAUCCAGCAAACCUCAACGGGAAGAAUCAGAUCAACCCAGACGCAAUCCCGCCAGCCUGGCCUAAGCUUUCUGGAAUCCCAUCAUACCCUCCAAUCAUCCCUAAGCUUGCACUCAGGCUUGAAUAUGUAAAACACAAAGUGUUUCUAGCCCCCAUGCAAAGCUCGAGAGAAACUCUGAUUGAUAUGUCCCUGCAGUUGGCGGCGGCAAGCUGGAUUGCAUCCGGCUCCAUGGUCCAGGAUGUGAAUUGUUCUAGGCCCUUGAAAGACACUGAUCUCAGGACAGGUCUAUUCAAACGGAGGACUGUGGGUUCCGACCCACCACCACUUCGGAGCUCUAGCUUCACAAGGGACUGUUUGGAUGAUAGCUCUUCUCAGGGCCGGCAGACUAGAUUAGCGAGCCAGAGUGGCAAGAGACAUGCAGGGUUCUCUUGUGCGAACACUCUGUCCAUCAAUGGACUGAUGAUUGGUGUGCCUGAAUAUCGAAGGGAGCUGGGCAUGAUUGCGUGCUAUUGGACGCCUCAGCGCAUCUUCAAUCAAGGUCAAACAGUCUACAAACAGCUCCGCAGUGAAAUGAGUCAAAAAUAA